AUAAAUCGUCCUCCAUUCACUUAGGUAGCUCUUCUACAUUUCCUCCUUCUCAUCAUCAGUCCUUUAGCAUAUUUUCUUCUAGAUUCCUCUUGUUAGAAAUUUUUUUUCCUGAUACGAAACUCAAGCUCGUGUUUUCUUCUCUUUGAUCAAACCCAAGUUCUGGGUUUUUCUUUUUGAACUCAAAGUUGAGUUUUUUUGGGUUUAGAAUCCAUUACCCAUCAUAAGAAAUCUAUCUUUUUGUCUUAUAUUUCUGCUGGAGCUGCUAGGUUGGUGUUCUUGAGACUGUCUCAAGCAGCAUCAAGUCGAAGUUUUCUUCUUUUUUUUUGUUUAAAUUUCCAAGUGAGAGGUUUUUUAACAGCAAUAUCUUCAUGCUCAAUCUUUUGUUCUUGAUGUUUGAGAUUCAUGUCUCCAAUUCUCAGUGAAAUCUUUCUUUGUGAGUUUAUGAUCAGUUCCACGUUCAUUCGCAGGACCCAUCUUGUUCAAUCAUUCUCAGUUGUUUUCCUCUACUGGUUUUAUUACGUUUCAUGAUUUUGGCUUUAAUCUACUACUUAGUCUAUAAUCUAUAAAUAAAUUUACUGCUAAUACUAUAUAUCUGCAUUAUUUAUCUUUACAAGGCGUAUUUUAUUUUCAUUUGGGUCCUGCUAUUAUUAUUAUUAUUAUUAUUAUCUCUCUCUUGAUUGAGUCUCUGAGUUAAGAAGAAAUAAAAAAUUUGCUCGAAGUAUCUGCGAUUUCCAUGGCUUCCCCCGGUGGGACAUCUACAGGGUCAUCAACUUUGCUUCAAAACUCAGGGUCUGAUGAGGACUUGCAGGCAUUGAUGGAUGAAAGGAAAAGGAAGAGAAUGAUAUCAAACAGAGAAUCGGCAAGGAGGUCCAGGAUGAAGAAGCAGAAGCAUUUGGAUGAUCUCAUGGCUCAGGUAACUCAGCUGCGGAAACAGAACCAUCAGAUCAUUACAAGGAUAAACAUCACCAUGCAGCAUUACUUGAAUGUUGAGGCUGACAACUAUGAGCUUAGAGCUCAUGCCAAUGAGCUUAGCGACAGAUUAGAGUCUUUGAAUGAGAUCAUCAGUUUCCUGAAUAGCAGCAAUGGUGGUAAUUUUUAUGCUGAUAAUACAAGCCUUGCUUUCACUGAGCCUGCUGACAGCUUCCUUAACCCACUCAAUUUGGCCUACUUGAAUCAGCCUAUCACGGCAUCAGCAGCUAGCAUGUUUCAGUACUAAUCAAAGGGAGGAAAAUAAAAAUGAUUAAGAGAGAGAAGAGUGAUUGUUAAUGUUUACUAGUACUUUUGUUUUGGUUCAGAGUCUUUUAAGAUAUGAUUAUCAUUAGGGAGUGGUGAGUAAUCAGUUUAAAGUGUAGGACAGUUGGAUUGUGCUUAUCGGGUUGUUGGUUUGUAAAUGGGGCUUAAUUAUAGAGAUGUGAUGCAAGCCCUGUUACCGUAAUAUAUAGUUAUAAGCACAGUAUAUGUGAAGUAAGCUUUGUUAUGGCUUAUAGGUCUGUUGUUGUAAAAGCUCUUGUAGUUGGACAUCAGUUCUUCUGUUUGACUGACCUCAUGAAAAUAUAUAAGAGCUUAGAAAUGGUGGCUUUUGCUUAAUUAUGUUUGACAAAUUCCACGCUUUUAUUGAUAAAAAAAUCAAAU